CGAAACGGGCAAAAGUAGAAAGGCCAAAAAAAUGAAAUGAAAACCAAAGCUCGCCAACAACUUGCUGACAAAUCUCAAUCUCACCACAACCCUCCGUAGGGUUUCUUUCCAACCGCGACGCCUCAUCUCCCACCUCCCUUUUCGCUCAAUUUCCCACUAAAACCCUACCAUAACGAUUUUUGCCUUUAGUUUUUGGUGAUUUGUUUUGUACUAUAGUCCAUAUAGUUGGUGAAAUAUCCUUCUUUACUUUUAUUCUCCCACGAUAUUCACUUGUUUUUUGGUGUUGAAUUUUUGGUUUUUAUGGCGCUUGAAGCUUCGAUUUUCAAUGCGCCGAGGAUCAUUUCCGGCCCGAAAUCGUUAUGUUCGGUGCCUUCCUUCGAUCGGCAAAUGAGAAUGCCGGUGAAGAUUUUGGAGAAAAAUAAGCUGCACCCAUUGCGAUUACCAUUGAAUUGCAUUGGUCCUUGUGGUUAUAGGAGCUAUUUCAGUACUAGAUAUCAAGAAAAAAACUUGUUUUUACGUAGUGCUGGUUCGAAAUUUGUAGGUGAAGAUAGUGAGAGUUUGUGUGAUAAAGAUGGGGUUUCAGUUGUGAAUUUAGACUUUGUCAGAAAGUUGGUGACGCGCGGGAUUGUUUUGGCGGCAAUGGGUUGUGUGGUUUUGGUGUUUGGGUGUAGGAGAGUCUUUGCGAUGGAAGGUGCGGUGAAUGCUGGUUAUGGUGUAAUUGGGCAGAACAUUUUGUUGUUGAGGAAUGCGUGGCCAAAGACUUUACAGGUUCUUCGGGUUUUGAAAGAGCAAGGUCUGGUUUUGGCAGCGCUUUUGGGUCUCUCAGCGUUCUUCUCAAUGGCAGAGACUUCGAUUACUACCCUUUGGCCGUGGAAGGUGCGUGAGUUGGCUGAAAAGGAGCCUGAGAACGGCGUCUUCAGAAAGCUUCGCAGUGAUGUCACCCGGUUCCUAACUACUAUACUUAUUGGCACAACAGUUGUCAAUAUCGGAGCAACUGCUUUAGUCACAAAAGCUGCAACAGCAAUAUUCGGUGAAGCUGGUGUUAGUGCAGCAACUGGAGUAAUGACCGUAGCCAUUUUGCUCCUCACAGAGAUCACUCCGAAAAGUAUAGCUGUUCAUAAUGCCACUGAGGUUGCUAGGUUUGUGGUCAGACCAGUGGCGUGGCUUUCCUUAGUAUUGUAUCCUGUGGGGAGAGUUGUUACAUAUUUGUCUAUGGGGAUGCUAAAAAUCCUUGGUUUAAAAGGAAGAAGCGAACCAUAUGUAACUGAAGAGGAGUUGAAACUGAUGUUGCGAGGGGCAGAGUUGAGUGGGGCAAUAGAGGAGGAAGAACAGGAUAUGAUUGAAAAUGUGUUGGAGAUUAAAGAUACCCAUGUUAGAGAGGUGAUGACGCCUCUUGUAGAUGUAGUGGCAAUUGAUGACAGUGCUACGCUUGUAGAUUUUCAUAAUUUGUGGGUGACCCAUCAAUAUUCAAGGGUGCCUGUUUUUGAGCAGCGUGUUGAUAAUAUAGUGGGCAUUGCAUAUGCAAUGGAUCUGCUGGAUUAUGUUCAGAAGGGUGAGCUGCUAGAAAGUACUACUGUUGGAGAUAUGGCUCACAAACCUGCAUACUUUGUGCCUGAUUCAAUGUCAGUCUGGAAUCUCCUUAGAGAGUUUCGCAUCAGGAAGGUUCACAUGGCUGUUGUGCUUAACGAAUAUGGUGGAACUGUGGGAAUUGUAACCCUGGAAGACGUGGUUGAGGAGAUUGUUGGUGAAAUUUUUGACGAAAAUGAUUCAAAGGAAGAGAUUCAGAAGAAAACCGGCUACAUUGUAAUGCGAGCAGAGGGAAUAUUUGAUGUGGAUGCAAACACUUCUAUUGAUCAACUCUCUGAAGACUUAAAUAUCAAAAUGCCAGAGGUGGAUGGUGAAUGGGAUCCCGCAUUUCAUGGCAAAGAGAAGUUCCUGGGUUUAUAAUGAUUCCAAUGGGCUCCAAUUAUUACAAUGGCUUGCCCUAGUAUAAGCCUAGAUGUGGCUUGAGCUUUGGGUCAUUAGAAUAACUAUGCUGUUUAAGAUAUUUAAGGAUAUAUUUAUUUUCAAAUUGUAUAGAAUCAAGUAAAUAUUUUAGCAUGUCUUGAAAUAGAAUUUUCUCAUAAUGCUGUAAUCCAUGAUGAUGGUUGAUCUUGUACAGCCUGAAAAUAACGACCUCUGGUUCUGUUUUGGGUUUACCAAUUCAUAGUUUUACCUUGUUGUGGCGAGUAGGCUUCUCAAACACCCAGCAUGCCAACAAAAAUGGAUCAUAGGCACGUUCCCAUAGCCUUGCUUAGUCUACCUGAUAUUUCUGAUCAUGACCGAUGAGCUGAACUAAAAUAUUUUGCAAUUGCCUAUAUUCAUGACAAGAAUUCCUGUUUUCAUUGCUAUUAAUUAACAGCCUUCCUGCAUACAUUGUAAACUGUAUCUUCUUCCUUUUCUUACGUUUUCAUUAUUCAUAUGUAGAUUAUAAGGCAAAGAUCAAAUGAAUGAGACUGUACCGUAGUAUUCAUGCAAUUUCCAAUACACUUCCUCAAAUUCCCAUUGUGUUCACUUUGCACGUGUUGUGAUACAGGGUCAUCAAUAUGAGACAGUGUCUGGUUUUAUAUGUGAGG